CUAGCAACGGAUCUUCGCCGGGUUGACUGCUGGCAGAACGCCGCUUCUAAGGCAACUCAGAGCAUGCGCAGUACCAACAGUCCUCUAGGGGCGGUGCUAGAGGAAGCGGAAGUGGCCUUCGGAGUCGUUUUUGCCGUUUGUUUCAAGAGGAUCUUCACGUUUUAAUUCCGAGAGGUCUCUGAGGUGAUUUUGGCUGAUCUUGAUUAGGAAUCUGUGGGGUCAGUGAUGGAAGGGUUGUCCGUGGAGUUAGUGAUGAUGGUUUUGGGGUUCAGCAUUAGGGGCGGGGUCUGUGGCGUCGGUUGAUGGGUGUCAGAGGGGUCAGUGAUAGGGUUCUCUCUGGGCAAUGAGGAUCUUUGAGAUGAGCAGUUGGGAUUUGAGGGUCCAGUGAUGAGGGUCUCUGGUCAGUGACAGGGUCUGUGGCGUCAGCAUAGGGAUCUCGGGUCUGUGACGAGCUUGCUUUAUAAAUAUUCACAAGCUUAGGUAUGUAGCAUUUUCUUUACUGCUCAAGUCUGAGUGUUGGGGUUUUGUUUUUGUCUUUUUUUGAAUUUCAGUUUUUUUUUCUAUGACGCAUGAAUUAUUUAGAAGUGCAUUCUCUAUUUCAAAUACCUCUGGGUGAUGAUCAAGUGUAAAAAUUGCUUUAUGGCCCAGUUCACGGUCUGUUUUCCUAAAUGUCAUUAUCUAUUACGUAAAAACAGUGUGUUCUCUAUUAAUUGUAUUGUAUUGUUUCAGAAAUACAUUACACAGAUUGUUUUGUCUGUUUCAUUAUAAAGAUACACUCACACUGGAAAGGUGAUUUGUCCACUUGCCCUUCCUUCUAUCUGUUUUUGCUUUAUAUAUUUGAAACUAUUAUUAGGAACGGUUAUGUGUAUUUUUAAUAAUAGAUACGACUGAAUAAUUCAAAAGAUAUUAUAGCAAUUUAAGCUUCCACCAACAAUUUAUAAGAGAGUUCAAUUUCCCAAAUGCUUUCCACCAUUUUUUUUAAAAAGCUUUUACAAUUCUGAGGGAAAACUAUACCUAGUUGCCUUAAUGCAUUUUCCUGUUAAUAAAGUUAGCAUCUUUUUCUUUAAUUGCCAUCUAAAUUGCCUUUUCUUUGAAUUUUCAUAUCCUUUGUUUUUUUCUGGGCAUUUUUUUUCUGUUUGCUAGAUUUUUUAACAUUAGGGAUAACCUAUCAUCACAUAUUGAAAAAAUCUUUUAUAUGUAUAUCUUGAUUUUUAUUUUUAAGGUGUAUUUUAACAUAGAAUUAAGAAAUAUUUGUUUUUUCUUUUGUAGUUUCUGGGUUUUCUCUCAUGUGUAAUAAGGUCCCUCCUACCCCACCAGUGUUAUACAAAUGUAUACUCUAAAUUUUAUUUUAAUAUUCUUUGAGAUUUUUUAAUUACAUAAACUUAAAAUGUUUGUUCCUGUUGGAAUUCAGUCUAAUGUGUAGUGUAGGUUGGGGAUCUAGUUUGUUUUCUUCCAGAUGGAUAGCCAAUUAUGUCAACGCCAUCUAUGCGAAGAAUGUCUUGUGUACACUGAGUUGAAUGUCACUUUGGUCACGUAUAUAAAUCAGUAUUGUCUAGUCUAUUGCUUUACUUGCUUUUUAUAUUUUUAUAUUAAAUUUUAAUAUCCAAUAGUGCGUGGUAGUGGCUGAUAUUUAUUGCAUGCUGCUUGCGUUCCAGGGAGGUGAUGAGUGCUUUGCAAGCACCAGCUCAUUUAAUGUUCAUAACUUUUUGAGGUUGGCACUUUCAUCCUCAUUUUUGAAACUGAAGCUGAAAUAGCUUCUUCAUUUUCUCAUAACCGAAAAGUAGCAGAGCUGCAAUUCAAAUCUGCAAUAACAUUACUCCAUAUCUCAUGAUUUUCCCCGUAUUUUACCAUGACUAUCACAGGUUUUUGUUAAAUAUGUUCUCCACAGCACUGGUUCUCAAAGUGUGGUUCCUGGAAUAGCGGCUUUAGCAUCACCUGGGUACUAGUUAGAAAUGCAAAUUCUUGGGCUCUGCUGUGGUCUAAAUGUUUGCCCCCCAACCCCAAAUUCAUAUGUUGGAAUCUUAACACCCAAAAGUAUGGUAUCAGAAGGUUGGACCUUUGCGGGAUGAUUAGGUUUUGAAGGUAGAACCCUCAUGAAUGGGAUUAGUGCUCUUAUAAAAGAGAUCCCAUAGAGCCCCUAGCCCCUUCUACCAUGUGAAGAUACAGCUAGAAGGUGCUGGCUAUGAACCAAGAAGGCCUUCACCAAAACAUGAUCAUUCUGGCACCUUGAUCUUGGACUUCCCAGAACUGUUUCUUGGUGUCUCUAGGGAGCCACUGGGCCAGAUCUUCCUCCAGACCCCAGCUCACCUCUCCCCAGCAGCUCUGCUGGAGUUCACAGAUGUCCACCAAACUUUAGGCUUCUGAGAGAAUAAAGGUUGAGACCCAGCAUGACCAUGCCAGCUAAUUGGUCCUCUCCCCAGAAAUCCCUAGGCCUGGCUCCAGAGGAACAUAGUUCAUGUGAGGGAUCAGUGUCCUUCAGGGAUGUGGCUGUAGAUUUCAGCAGAGAAGAGUGGCAGCAACUAGACCUUGAUCAGAAAAUCCUGUACCGGGAUGUGAUGCUGGAGACCUACAGCCACCUGCUUUCAGUAGGGUAUCAAGUUCCUGAACCAGAGGUUUUCAUGUUGGAACAAGCAGAGGAGCCAUGGGCAAUGCAGAGUGAGAGCCUGCGUCAGAGCUGUCCAGAAGAAUUUUGGCAGAUUGCUGACCAGAUAGAGAGCUAUCAACAAAGAGAAAAGAAAUCUUUAAGAGAUGUUGCUUUCAUCAAGAAAACACUGACUAUAAAGAGAGAUUAUGAAUAUAAGGACAUUCGAAAAAUAAUCCAUGGGAGCCAAAACAUUCCUUCCCCAAGAAGACCCCAUCAGUGUGACUUAUUUGGAAAUGCUUUGAAGCAUAAUUUAGAUUUACACAGUCAUAAUAGAAACAGUGGGUCAAGGAACAUUAAUAAGAUUACUGAACAUGGUAAAAUUUCUUCCUCUACUGGCCGUCACUGUACUCCAGCAGGGGAGAAAUUGUGGGACCAUAAUCAAUGUGGAAAAACCCUCAGCUAUAAGCAGGCAUCCUCUCAACACCAGAAAAUUCACAUUGGGGAAAAGUCUUACGAAUGUGCUGAAUUUGGAAACAUCUUUACCCAGAAGUCACAACUCAAGGUACAUCUGAAAGUUCAUACAGGAGAGAAACUCUAUGUAUGUAUUGACUGUGGGAAGGCUUUUCUACAGAAACCAGAAUUCAUUACACAUCAGAGGACCCAUACUAGAGAGAAGCCCUAUAAGUGUGGUGACUGUGGGAAAGCAUUUUUCCAGGUAUCUUCUCUUUUCAGGCAUCAGAGAAUUCAUACUGGAGAAAAACUCUAUGAAUGCAGUGAAUGUGGGAAAGGCUUCUCUUAUAACUCAGAUCUUAGUAUACAUCAGAAAAUUCAUACCGGAGAGAGACACCAUGAAUGCAGUGAUUGUGGCAAAGCAUUCACACAAAAGUCCACACUCAAGAUGCAUCAGAAAAUUCAUACAGGUGAGAGAUCCUAUAUAUGUAUCAUAUGUGGACAGGCCUUCAUCCAGAAGACACACUUGAUUGCACACCGAAGAAUUCAUACUGGAGAAAAACCAUAUGAGUGCAGUAACUGUGGGAAGUCCUUCAUUUCUAAGUCACAACUUCAGGUACAUCAACGAACUCACACAAGAAUGAGACCCUUUAUAUGCAACGAAUAUGGGAAGCUUUUCAACAGUAGUUCCAACCUCAAUACACAUAAGAAAGUUCAAAUUAGGGAGAAAUCUUCAAUAUGUAAUGAAUGUGGUAAAGCCUUUACCUACAGGUCAGAGUUGAUUAUACAUCAGAGAAUUCACACCGGAGAAAAACCUUAUGAAUGCGGUGAUUGUGGAAAAGCCUUUACUCAGAAGUCAGCACUCACAGUGCAUCAAAGAAUUCAUACAGGAGAAAAGUCAUAUGUAUGCAUGAAAUGUGGGCUAGCCUUCAUCCAGAAGGCACACUUGAUCGCCCAUCAAAUAAUUCAUACCGGAGAGAAACCUUAUAAAUGUGGUCACUGUGGGAAAUCCUUUACUUCCAAGUCACAACUCCACGUGCACAAACGUAUUCACACAGGAGAGAAACCCUAUAUGUGCACUAAGUGUGGGAAGGCAUUCACCAACAGGUCAAAUCUCAUUACACAUCAGAAAACUCAUACAGGAGAGAAGUCCUAUGUAUGUUCUAAAUGUGGCAAGGCCUUCACACAGAGGUCAGACCUGAUUACACAUCAGAGAAUUCAUACUGGGGAGAAACCUUAUGAAUGUAGUACCUGUGGAAAAGCCUUCACCCAGAAAUCACACCUCAAUAUACACCAGAAAAUUCACACUGGAGAGAGACAGUAUGAAUGUCAUGAAUGUGGAAAAGCCUUCAACCAGAAAUCAAUACUUAUUGUGCAUCAGAAAAUUCAUACAGGAGAGAAACCCUACGUGUGCACUGAGUGUGGAAGAGCCUUCAUCCGGAAGUCAAACUUCAUUACUCACCAGAGGAUCCACACUGGAGAGAAACCUUAUGAAUGCAGUGAUUGUGGGAAAUCCUUCACCUCUAAAUCUCAGCUCCUGGUGCAUCAACCAAUUCACACAGGAGAAAAACCGUAUGUGUGUGCUGUGUGUGGGAAAGCCUUUAGUGGCAGGUCAAAUCUCAGUAAACACCAGAAAACUCAUACUGGAGAAAAGCCCUACAUCUGCUCUGAAUGUGGGAAGACCUUCAGACAAAAGUCAGAGCUGAUUAUACAUCAUAGAAUUCAUACUGGAGAGAAACCUUAUGAAUGCAGUGACUGUGGCAAAUCUUUCACUAAGAAAUCACAACUCCAAGUGCAUCAGCGAAUUCACACAGGGGAGAAGCCUUAUGUGUGUGCUGAGUGUGGGAAGGCCUUCACUGACAGGUCGAAUUUGAAUAAACACCAGACAACGCACACUGGAGACAAACCCUAUAAGUGUGUAGUCUGUGGGAAAGGCUUUGUUCAGAAAUCAGUGCUCAAUGUGCAUCGGAGUAGUCACACUUGAGAGGAACAGAAUGAGAAAGCCUCAGUGAGAUCAGAUCUGGCUUUACAUCACUGAAUUCACGCAACAGAAAACAUGCAUAUUAUCGUAAGCAGAAAUACUGCAUCAGAAUGUCACACUACAGAAGAGGACCUCUAGAAGGGCCCUGAGUGAGAGGAGCCCCUUCCCACAUUGUCACUAGUCUCAGCAAACCUUGGGCUUUCAUAUUGAGAAGGAACUUGGUCAAUUUGGUACAUUAGAAGAAGCCUUCUCAUGAAAAAUAUAAUGGAACACUGUUACCAAAUUCUGCAUACGAAGCAUUACGUGAAGUCAUGUUGAUGAUAAUCCUGUUUACUCUGGAGUGGGUAAAGUGCCAACAAUUGAAUGGUAGAAUGACACAAUAUAUAUGAGAGUGAUAAACCCUCAGUUCUGUGAGGUGUUUGUUGCAGAACACAAUGUCUAACUGAAUUUUGGGUGUUAUUCUUCUGUUGAAUCUAACAUGGUUUUACGUAUCCAAUCCCCUACGGAAUAUUUUUAUCAAGAAAGAGAUGCCACAAUAAAAAAUUAUUUAUGUAUACAGACAUAAACCUAAGAGUGUAUGUUGCCUCCUCCGCUAUCCUCUAGCACCAUGAGUGGCACCCACCUUCUAAGCCACCAGUAGAGUGUAGUGUCUUCAGCUCUCAUACAGCACAUUGUCUUCUGAGCCCUGUAACUGCAUUGUGACUGCCCGUUAGUGCUAAACACCACAUCUGCUCACUACCCUUAUCUCCCAGACUCGCUGAGCCUCAUUUAGCCCCCAGCUUAGGGUCUUACUGAACUCCCACUACCUUCAGGAAAGCUUCUAAAGAGAGACUGUUCAGGUCACCUCCAUCAACUCCUCACGUCAGUCUCCCUUUUACUGUCGUGGUUCUUCCUUAAUGACCUGACCUUCAUGAUGAUAGUAACAAAUUGAAAGCAAAACUCAUCGAAAACAAAUUCCAACAUGCCUUCACUGUUUUCUCUCCAACUUCAUGCCAUGCACUCAAGGACCUUCUCCCCCAUGUGCCUCAAUCACAUCAGAUUAGGUCCUGCCUUGGGGCCUUUGCAAUUGCCAUGCCCUCUUCAAAGAGCACAGUUCUUCAUUAUAUCUUUGUGGUUUCCUCCUUCGUAUUUUUCUUCCAGUGGCAUCUCUUCACAGAGGCCUUCCCUGCCCUUCCCUGCCUACCUGGCUUAAAAUUCCAGCCCCUUCCUCUUCCUCCUUUAUCCUUCUCCAUAGCACUUACUACCAUGACACCCUGUAUAUUUAACUUAUUUGUCUGUGAUUUGCACUCUAGAAUGUUUUUCCCUCUUUUGUCCCCACUGUGGACCUAGACCUAUGCCUGACAUACAGCAGUCAUUCCAUGAUGCACGUUGUGGAGUGUUGACCCUACUCGUCCCUUGACUUCCCUUUGAUCCUUUCUACAUUGCAGCAUAAAAUGCUCCAAGAGGAAAACCAAAUUGCCUAAAACACACCAGGUUUUUCCACCCCCAGUCUUUACCUGGCCUGUGCCUCCUUCCUGGCCUGAAAGUUGUAACAUAAUUGUAAACCUUCUGGCCUGGUGCCAACUCAUUUAAAGAAAGGAGAACUGUGGCACAGGAAAUCCCACAUACAUGUUUGAUGUUCCAGGAUUCCCUUCAGUGAUUCCGAAAUACCACAGUCAGCUUCAAAGUGACCACAAGAGAGCCCCCUCACUCUGCCCCAGCACACAAGUCCUGCCCUACCCUACUUGCACCUUGACAGGGUCUUGCCCACCCCAUGACCUGACCUACAGACCUGCUUAUCAUGCUCUGACAGGUACACCCAAAGCCAAUAAUAU